AAAAUUAUCGGAGUGUUCAAACCAAAAUCUGAAGAGCCUUAUGGACAUCUAAAUCCAAAAUGGACCAAAUAUUUUCACAAAGUUUGUUGCCCUUGCUGCUUUGGCAGAGGCUGCCUUGUUCCAAAUCAGGGAUACCUCUCUGAAGCUGGUGCCUAUCUUGUGGAUGAUAAGCUGGGGCUAGGAGUUGUACCUAAAACUAAGGUUGUCUGGCUUGUCAGUGAGACCUUUAAUUACAGUGCAAUAGAUCGUGCAAAGUCAAGAGGAAAAAAAUAUGCUUUAGAGAAAGUGCCAAAAGUUGCUAAAAAAUUUAAUCGAAUUGGACUACCUCCUAAGGUUGGCUCCUUCCAGCUGUUUGUUGAAGGUUAUAAGGAAGCUGACUACUGGCUCAGGAAGUUUGAAACUGAUCCUUUACCUGAGAAUACAAGGAAAGAAUUUCAGUCACAGUUUGAAAGAUUGGUUAUCUUGGAUUAUGUCAUCAGAAAUACAGACAGAGGUAACGAUAACUGGUUAGUCAGGUAUGAAAAACAAGAUGAUGGACUUGAUCUGUCAGAUAAGGAUAGCCAAUGGACUGUAACUAAAGAAUCCACUAUUAAGAUUGCUGCAAUUGACAAUGGUUUAGCAUUUCCUUUUAAGCAUCCAGAUGAGUGGAGGGCAUAUCCCUUUCACUGGGCAUGGUUGUCUCAAGCAAAAGUUCCUUUCUCUCAGGAGACCAGAGAUUUAGUUCUUCCUCGCAUUUCUGAUAUGAACUUCGUACAGGAUCUUUGUGAAGAUCUUUAUGAACUAUUUAAGACUGAUAAAGGAUUUGACAAGGCUACUUUUGAAAACCAAAUGUCCGUUAUGAGAGGGCAGAUACUAAACCUUACUCAGGCGUUAAAGGAUGAAAAAAGUCCCAUUCAGCUUGUUCAGAUGCCACGUGUGAUUGUGGAGCGAAGUAGCACUGGAAGUCAGGGCCGAAUUGUUCAUCUAAGUAAUGCAUUCACGCAGACCUUUCAUAGCAGAAAGCCUUUCUUUUCCUCCUGGUAGCAACAAAAAUAUGUGGGAACAGUAAGUUUCUCUUAACUUGUAAAGCUACUUCUGUGUAAAGGCUCUGCAAUAAUGUAUUUCUGCUGUAUACCAAGAGCUCUGACUGCCAACACCUCAGAACUUAAAUUCUAAAGACUUAAGAAAUGUAUUUUGAAUGUAAUAAAAAGUUUACAAUUUUUGUCUCAAAAUUGUGAAUUCUUAUGUCAGGGAAUGUCCAUAUUGUAUUUUUAUAGGCUAAAUUAAUGUAUUCUGAAAAAUACUCUGAAUAAGGGAAGAUCCACAGUUUGCAUAUGCUGAGAAACUACUUUUGAAUACAACAGGAAUUCUUUUUGUUUACUAUAAAUAUGAGAACCUAUACACUAUCAAUUUCUUUUUAUAUGGUCUUAAAAAAAAAAAAAAGGUGCAGAAUGUUAUCUUUGAUUGUGAAAAUGCUUGGAAUUUCUUCCUGAUGUUUUAAGCUGUUUAUUCAUUUUCAUAGGCUAGAUACUUGAAAAGCACUAAAAAAAGUAACUAAAAAUAAAA